UGUGGCAAGGCCGUACCCUGUGUUAUAACAUUCGUCUCGCUGCCAACUUCACGCAGGAACUUCAACAGCAACACAGGAUGAUGAUGCAACGUACUGCACUCUUGAUGCCUCUGGCUGUUGAAGCCACGCUUGUGGCUCAGCAGCAACGUGGCAUGGCCACACUGAAGGCCAUCUCCAUUCGCCUCAAAUCGGUAAAGAACAUCCAGAAAAUUACGCAAUCAAUGAAGAUGGUGUCCGCUGCAAAAUACGCCCGUGCCGAGCGUGAUUUGAAGGCGGCGCGUCCCUACGGCGUGGGUGCUCAACAAUUCUUCGAGAAGACCGAAAUCCAAGCGGAUGGUGCAGCCGAGCCGAAGAAGCUCUUGAUCGCCAUGACUUCGGAUCGUGGCCUGUGCGGUGCCGUUCAUACCGGUGUUGCUCGUCAGAUCCGUGGUGAAUUGGCCAAGGAUGAUUCAAACACCAAGGUGUUCUGUGUGGGCGACAAGUCACGCUCCAUUCUCGCGCGUCUCUAUGGCGCGAACAUCCUGAUGGUGGCCAACGAAGUGGGACGAUUGCCACCCACUUUCGUGGAUGCCUCGAAGAUUGCCCAUGAAGUGCUGUCCACCGGUUACGAUUAUACCGAGGGCAAGAUCUAUUACAAUAGAUUCAAGUCUGUGGUGUCUUACCAGUGCUCCACACUGCCCAUCUACAGUGGACCCACUGUCGAGAAGUCAGAGAAACUGGCCGUUUACGAUUCGCUCGAUAGCGAUGUGAUUAAGAGCUAUUUGGAGUUCUCGCUCGCCUCGCUCAUCUUCUAUACAAUGAAGGAGGGCGCCUGCUCAGAGCAAUCGUCUCGCAUGACUGCCAUGGACAAUGCCUCGAAGAAUGCCGGUGAAAUGAUUGAGAAAUUGACCCUCACAUUCAACCGCACCCGACAGGCUGUCAUCACCCGUGAGCUGAUUGAGAUCAUCUCCGGUGCCGCUGCCCUCACAUAAGAAGUGGAACUCCACAACACUCCAGUUCGAGCCGCAGCUCCAGAUUCAACGAUCCUAAAUACAAAAAAUAUGAAAACGAUUCGAAGACGCCAGAGCUGCGUACAUUGAAAUGAUUAAUAAAAACAUCUAAUUAUCUGAGAUAAAAACACAGAAUAAAUAGCGUGGAAACGAA